AUGUCCGUUUUCAAAGCCCAACUGGUCGCUGGAAUUCUGGGUGGAACUCUCUGGCAGGCCGCCAUAUUAUUGUUUACCUCCACCAAAUCAUUCAGUGCGCAGAAGGCGUUUCUGGGCUCCAGACCAUGUCCUCGAGUCUCUUCGACCGUCAAAGAAGCCUCAUCCAUGUCCUCCCAGCUCAUCAGCCAACUCCGUCGCUAUGCGGCCGAUCGUGUGCGGCCCUGCCAUGCGGAGAUUGUCGCCAAUCUGGCCCGGCACACGAGUGACUUCGCGACUGGUCCCUUAGUCCUGGACAUUGCCCUUCCGGGCGCCGCCUAUUUCUCCGUGGCGGCGGGUGGGUUGGCGGAUGUGCUGCACUAUGUGGGAGAGAGCUAUGUUCAAGUGGAUCGCCUCAUUGGUGCCAGUGGAGGUGCUUGCAGCCUCUUCUUAAUCCUGGCCAAUGACAAAUCCGAUGGCUCCGCCAGCACUGCUGGCUUGUGCCCCGGUGCGGACGAGCUCUUGCGGAGCUAUUUGGAGUAUGCCGAAUCUGAAGGCACUGGGAGUUGGCAGCGCUGCUGGAAUGCGGGGCGACAGAUGUUUUCUGGAGUCUCCAAUUUCUGGGAGCGAAAAUACCUGGAGCUUUUGCAAGAUGAGAGGGCCUGGACUGCCAUCCAGCAUCGAGCCUUUUGUGCUGUUGCAGCGCGGCCAAUUCGACAACAUCUUUUUGGCAGCACUGAGAGUGGGGAGACAUUUCAGUCCAGGUCUGAUAACUACAUCAUGCAUUCCUUUGCGAAGCAAGAAGAAGCUGUUCAGUCCUUCGUAGCGACAGGAGAGGCCACUUUCAAGGGCUUUGUGAGUGGAAUCCCCAUCACGUCGGACGAGGCGAUUUGGGAGUACAUCCCCAACGAGGACGAUGUCGCCCAGUCUCCCCGGAUCCAAAGCAGAUCCCAUGUCCGCUUGCCAUCCAGCUUUUGUGAUGGUGGGCAUCCGGUGGCCUUUGACUUGUUUACAUGUCCAGAGAAUGCUGCGGAACGCCAUCGGAAUGCCCUUUUGUAUUAUUCCACCUGGUUUGACAACGCAUCGGACGCUGCUCUGUGCACUCCUGAAAGCAUUGAAAAGCUCUACAAAGGUGGAGUCGAUCGCACCAUUGAUUGCUUGCUCAACCCAUCUUUAAUGGCACCUGACCAUGGCAAUCGCGGGAAGGACAAGAUGAUCAUUAUUCCUUCAGAUGCCAACCUUCAGCAGCAGCUGGAAAAAAUCGGCCGGCCUGCUGAUCUCAGUGGAGGCGCACAGUGUGGCGCCAAGUUCGCCAGCAACGAGGCUUUGAAGUCUGUGUCUUACCCCAUCCAGGCCUUGGCGAAGAGUUCCAAGACCUUGCCUGCGAUGCUGGGUUGCCUGUGGAGUGGCAAGCACAUCACUAGCUUGCAGUGGAUCGCAGCCUUUGGCAUUACGUCAGGAACUGCGGGUUUUUCCAUGGGCGGCAAGAAGGGCACCGAUAUCGAGGCGAAGCCACUGGGAGUGCUGCUGUUAGUGGUCUCACUGGUGUGCGAUGGCACCGUUUCGGCCGCGCAACAAGGGAUGCGCAAUCAGACCGAGCGUCUUUCUCCGUACGAGCAAAUGUUCCUGACCAAUCUUGGUGCUGGCACGAUCCUGGUUGGAGUGGCAGCUCUCACUGGGCAACUGCAAGCAGGCGGUCUCUUUCUGAUGGAGAACACCACCAUUUUGGAUGAGAUUGCGAUCUUCGCCCUCUGCUCAGCAUUUGGGCAGGUCUUCAUUUUCCUGACGAUCUCGUGGUUUGGCCCUGACACGAAUGCCAAGAUCACUACGGUCCGAAAAAUGGCCACGGUGCUGAUUUCGAUCGUGUGGUUCGGGCACAGCAUCGACAUGAUCCAGUGGCUCAUGGUGGGUUUGGUCUUCGCGUCCGUCUUUGCGGAGAUCAGUGAGAAGCUGUUCAGGACCAAGAAGCCGGAGAAGAAAGAAGCCUGA